GCGGUGCAGGAACGACUUCUCGAUCGAAAUUCGUUUUGAAUUUGUAGUAUUUUGUAAGUUAAUGAAGUAGUGCAGCUAAUAUAUUAUGAUCAUUGACAAGUCAAAAUUAUGGAGCAACUAAGGACUUUCAAAUCAGGGGUGCAGCAGAGCCUCACUCCAAUCUAUGCCAUGUCUGAGAAACACAAGGUGAUGGCCUGGGAGUUCAUGCAGAUAAUGAUGAAAACUCUGUCUGAAACACUUGGGUCCUCCGUCACUGGGGUAUACCCUGUGGCAUAUGCUGAGAAACCAUUACCAAGGAGGCAUCAUGUUGCCACCCAGACAGCAAUCCCCUCAGAAGAAACUCCCAAAAAACCUCCCUCUGACCCCGAUGAAGAUGAUGCUAUCCCAUCAACAGUAAGAUCACGACGAAGACGCAAACCAAUCAAAUUCAUUGACUCUGAUUCUGAUGAAGAUGAUGGGAAGAAAGCCAAACCUCCAUCGCCAAAGAAAAGGAACACAGUGAAAAAAGAACAGCCAAAGAAAUCAACAACACAAAAAUCACCUACCGUAAAACCCUCACUUAAAGUUGAUUCACCAACUGAUGUUCCAAACAAGAUUAAAACACGAUCUAAAUCAACUGUACCCACUCAUACAGCAGUCACUGAGGAGCAAGAAACAACACCAAAUGCAAAGAAUAAAGAGACUAAAUCAACUACAGAAGAAUCUCCUGAUGAGGUACCAGAGCCAGUUGUUAGCCAGCCUGUUAAUGAUGAUAUUAUAGAUAAGGCAGAUAACUCCACAGAGAAAGACAGCAUGAACUCAGGAGGCAAUGAGCUUAAAGAUGAUAGCAACAAGACAGGUGAUUCUGAGGCAAAGGAUGUUUGGAAUGAUGAUGGUGAUGAUGCGACCCAACUAGAUGAAGAAAACCCACCGGAUGAUGCUGGAAAGAAGCCAAAAAAGCAUGGUAGACCAUCUUCGGGCAGGACAUCAUUCACCUGUACUAUCUGCGAGAAGACACUCUCAACACCUGGCAAUCUGACAGUUCACAUGAGAUCUCACUCACAAGAAAAGCGCCACAACUGUUCUAAGUGUGACAAAAAGUUCAUCACACGUUCUAAUCUGACUCGUCAUGAGAGAACACACAUUGGAGAUAAACCAUUUGCUUGUGAGGUUUGUGGUAAGAGAUACACAGAGAAGAAAAGUGUCACUGUUCAUAUGAGGCAGCAUACUGGAGAGAAGCCAUUUGUGUGUGACCAAUGUGGUAAAGGAUUUACUCAGAGUGGUAUACUAAAGUCACACAUGCACACCCAUACAGGCUGGAAAGGCCACAUAUGUGACAUAUGUGGGAGGAGUUUCCGCCAGAAGUCCCAACUGAAAAUGCAUAUCAUGAGGCAUACUAAGACCAAGAGACACCCUUGUACUGUCUGUGGUAUGGCCUUUGUGUCACCAGGUGAGCUACGUAGACACCACAGCAAGCACACUGGCGAGCGACCUUUCCUCUGUACAAUCUGUGCUAAGUCGUUUACCCGCAUGCAGUACCUACGAGAGCACAUGCACCAGCACAUGGGCAUGAAACCUUACGUGUGUACAUUUAAAGACUGCGGCAGCUCAUACCCUGAUGUCUCCUCAUACUGUCGACAUAUCAAGAAGCACAUGAAGGAUACUAAUAAGGAAGCAAUAACGUUUGUGAUGGAGAAACAGGAUGACCCGUCGUCUAUGGUGUAUUUAGUUCAGACACCUGAAGGGAACCUGGAACAUGUUUCUAAUGCAGUUGAUAUUGCGCCUAGAGUGGACCAAGUGCAGGUUAAGAUGGAAACCAAUAUAACCAAUCCCCAAGUAGCUGACAACGGUGCAUCUCAGUCUGAUAAGCAGCCAGAACAUGUUCUUUACAAACUAGACAAUGGUCAGACUAUCAUGUAUAUAAACACAGAGGAAGGUGAACAGACAAUGGUGCAGAUACAAGAUGUACCAGAGGGUCAAACGCAAGCUGAAAAUAGGAUUGAGGUUUAUAAUGAAGCACAUGUACAGACUGUUCAGACAGUGACCUCAAUGGCAAAUACAGCCAACUC